AUGAUUGUAUCUUAUUUCCUUCCUUUCGUUUUAUGGGCCUGUCUGGGACAAGCCACAUUGACCCCUCGCAAACCGUUCGACACGGCAUUCUACGUCUUCAAUGGAGCUUGGCCAUGUUCCCAAGAUCAGCUGAAAACAAUCUCCGGUGCCAUUGACGAGGCACAUAAUCUUGCCAAGGCAGCUAUUAACGUCCUUUCGAAGCCUGGCUCCGAACAGUCAAUCGCCUUCGACUCUUGGUUUGGCUCAAGCAACGGCACUCCUGAUAGAAGAGACAUAAUCUUCAACAGACAUUUCCAGUCCGUUCUGGAUAAUCUGGUCCCAUCCACUGCCGCCGCCCAAUUUCGACUUUCGCACAGCCCGUUCCUGAAUCCCCAGCAAGGCUCUACCAUCACCGAGUCUUCUCUGGUCUACGCCUGCCCUCCCCCUUCCGAGCCAGUAUGUGAUGGCAAUACGGUGGCAGCUGUUCAAAGCGCAACUGGUUCAAGAGCAGCAGUAUUCGGGGCCACUCUUCUCGUUCUUUGUCCCGAUUUCUUCGGAAACAAGCCUAACCUCGAUAGUGCUGUUCAAUUAUGGAAGACGGAGCAUACCUUGGGUGACAAUCUGUCGCGUGGCUUUGCGCUCGUGCAUGAAGUUCAACAUAUGAUCCAGGCAACUGAAUCAGAAGAGGAAAGAUGCGACGACUUGCAAGAUCCGUUUGAGGAUAACAAGGACUGUUAUUCAGCUAGCUGUUGCUUCCGGCUUUCGGAUGCCCAGAAGCUUAAGAACGCUCAGAACUAUGCUAUCUACGCACUCGAUGUAUUGGCUUUUCCUGAUACUGCGGGAUCUCCAUCUUCGUCAUGCAAUCUGCCGCAGAAGCGGGAAGAAGGACAUCUCUUCAACUUCUUCAAGCGUCAAGCACAGCCACUACCAGAAUCUGUACCGCCUGCUCCUUUCCAGAAUACUUCCGCAACAUUCGUUACCCUCCCAAAGACUAGCACGGAACCUUUGUCCUCCGAGGUUCCUGUGACUCUUACCAGCAACGUUACUAUUCCAGGCAGCGUUCCUACAGAGCCGGUUACACCUGUUAGCCCUAUUACCACUUCGUUCAUCGAUACCACGACCACGUCAUCAGCAGCACCAACAAUAACCGUCAGUGGUGGUGCAACAGUGGUAGUACCAGUUGGCGCAAUCGUCGCCGGCGGGCCGGGAGGCGGUAUUGUCUCUGUUGGCGGAGCCUUGAUCCCCGUCGCUGCUGGUGCAGUCGUGACAGCUAAACCUGAAGAUGAACAGAAGCCAACAGACCCGGAUGACAAGUCCAAAGAGCCUACAACCUCUCCAACUCCUACAUCAACCUCCACGGAAUCAGAAUCAUGCAGUGCACCAACUACAACAGCGACGUAUGGUUCAGAAGUAAAUGCAGUUUGUCGGGACUUGUCUGGCAUGAGUCAGGAACAGCUUUUGCAACUCAUCCCAGAGUUUGGACAAGUCAGCUCUUCUGCUGAGCCUGCACCAACCUCCACCCCCGGUGCUUCCAACACUUCCGCCAUCAUCUCUGGCACACCUUCACCUUCAACCCUUUUGACGACACUGUCACCCAAGCCAGAAACUCCGACAUCUACUGCAAACACUACGUCAAUCCUAGUAACAAUUCCAGCCGGUGGCUCGAGUACUCUGGUGACGGUACCAAGUAUACAGACACCUGUUCCUUUUAUUGGUGAUACGACAAGCUGCAACCUGACAAAUGAUGCUGUGCCCGAAUGUCAGAAUUUGGUUAAUGGAAAGAGGGCUUGCCUUUACUCGCAGUAA